AUGGCGAGAGUAAGAAAGAAAUCCACUCCCGAAGAAGAUGAACAAGAUAAAAUCCAAAGGAAAGGGAAACGGAAAUUAGCUUCUACUGUUGACGACGAUGACGCAGAUGAAGAGAUGGAUGAGUUUGAGGUGGAUGGGUUUUUAGUUGGUAGUGAUGAAGACGAGGAAGAUAGCAGUGAAGAAGAUAAUUCUAAGCAAACACGAAAGAAGAAAAAGAGAAAGAGAUCGUCAAAAAACAUUGUUCUUGAUGACGAUGAUCUUGAGUUGAUCCGUGAGAACAAGAAACAAAUGAAUGAUGGGAAGCUCAAGAGGCUUAAAAAGACUGGCAGAGUUACCGAGCCGAUGGAACAAUCUUCUGAUGAUGAAGGAUCUCUUAACAAGCUUUUCGAAGAUGUGUCUGAUGAUGCUGAAGAUGAUAUGUCAGAUUUUAUAGUGGACGAAGAGCCUGCUAUCUAUGGGAAGGGAGAGUCUCUCAGACCAAAAAAGUUUAAAGGCACGAAACAUUCAUCUUCGCUUUCAAAAGAAGCCAAACGUAGAUCUGGCAAGUCAGGUGAUGAUCCUAAAAAUAUGGACGUAGCUGGAGCGGGUAACUCUGUUGCUGAUUCAGACUUACCUGAGAGGAUACAGAUGAUUGAGGACAUUGUAGGAUCUAUUCCAGUUGACAGAACAAGUAUUGAAGAAGAAAGUUCUUGGAUACUACGCCAACUUGAAUCCAACAUAAAUCCUUUGUUCAGCGAGGCCAAAUCCUGUAGACUAGGUGAUUCAGUAAAUAGAGAGGAUAUUGUUAGGUUCUUGGAAUUGUAUCAUAUAAAGAAAUAUGAUAUUCCGUUUAUUGCCAUGUACCGUAAAGAACAAUGCCCCAGUCUUCUGAGAGAUGGUAAACAGGAUGAUUUGGAAAGCACAUUAUUGAAUGAUGGUGAGGGAAAACCUAAACUGAACUGGCACAAGAUACUCUGGAUAAUCAAGGAAUUGGACAUAAAAUGGCUACAUCUUCAGAAACGAAAGAGCAUGCUCCAAAGAUACUAUAACAAACAUUUUGAGGAUGAAUGCCAAAUGUCUUUCCUUGCCGAGGAAUCCAGUUUCCACAAGCAGAUUUUUGACUCGAUCACCAAUAUGCUCGAGAAGGCGGAAACAGAGAAAGAGAUUGAUGAUGUUGAUAUGAAGUUUAAUUUGUAUUUUCCACCAGCUGACGAGUUCUUAAGUAGUGGUUAUAAAAGGCCUCUGAUGAAGACAUACUAUUCCGAUUGCAGAAAGGCAGGAUUGUCUUCACUUGCUAGGAAAAUUGGAAAUCCUGAGAAAUUUAGUUCUCUAGUUACUCUUAAAAAAGUGGGAAUUGCCUGUGAAGAAGAUCCAGAGGAAUCUCCAGAGGAGAUGGCUGCAAUAUAUACAUGUGAAACUUUUCGAACGUCCGAAGCCGUACUUAAAGGCGCCAGGCACAUGGCUUCCUUGAUGUUAAGUUGUGAGAUACCUUUCAGGAAACAUGUCCGCAGCAUAUUUAUGGAUAAGGCUUUAGUAUCAACUAGCCCCACAUUGAAAGGAAAUAUAGCAAUAGAUUCCUUUCAUGAAUUUGCUGGAUUUAAGUGGCUGAAGGACAAACCUCUCUUGAAGUUUGAGGAUUCUCAGUGGCUUCUCAUUCAGAAGGGUGAAGAAGAGGAACUUCUUAAAGUUGAAAUAAAGUUGCCUGAUGAUGCGGUAAAGGAGUUGAUGGUGAUCUUCAACGAUGCUUAUCUUAAAGACACUGAAGGAACAUCUACUCAACUUUGGAAUGAGCAGCGUAAAUCAAUUGUGCAGGAUACUAUUUCAAGCAUUCUUUUGCCUUCUAUGGAGAAGGAAGCACGGACAUUGUUAAAUGCCAAGGCCAAAAUCUGUUCAUUAAUGAAGUAUGGGAUGCAGUUUUGGAACAGAAUUUCUGUUGCACCGUAUCUAAACAAUGACAAUGCUGCUGCACAAGAGCGGGGAGUAGUGGCAUGUUGCUGGGGAAAUGGUAAACCAGGUACCACAUUUGUCAUGUUGGAUUCUAAAGGCGAGUUGGUUGAUAUAAUGCAUGCCGGGUCACUGACACUGCGAUCUCAGAAUGUCAAUGACCAGCAGCGCAGAAAAAGUGACCAGAAGUGUGUCCUCAAGUUCCUAACAAUCCAUCGACCAAAGGUUAUUGUACUAGGAGCUGCCAAUGCGACCUGUAUAAGAUUGAAGGAGGACAUAAAUGAGAUUAUUUCCAUGAUGUCUGAGGACAAUUUUCAAGAUGUCAAUCAAGAGAUGAAUGGACUACCAGCAGUUGUAUUGGGGGACGAAUGCUUGCCACAUCUCUAUGAAGAGUCAGAUAUAUCAAUGAGCCAGUUCCCCAGACAAUAUGGCAUUGUAAAGAGAGCUGUGGCCCUUGGACGUUACCUUCUAAAUCCACUGGCAAUGGUUGCAACACUCUGCGGAGUCAAUAAAGAGGUAUUGUCUUGGAAAUUAAACCCUCUGGAGAGAUUCCUAUCAAAUGAUGAGAAAAUGGAGAUGAUUGAAUGGAUCAUGAUAGAUAUUACUAACCAAGUAGGUAUAGACAUAAAUAUGGGAAUUAAACAUGACUGGCUGUUGGCACCUUUGCUGUUUGUUUCUGGUCUUGGUCCCACGAAAGCUGGUGUUUUGCACAGAGAACUACUUGGAGGUACAGAUGUGAGAAAUCGCAAGGACUUAGCUAAAUUUGGACUGAACACAAAAAGGGUUUUCUGCAAUGCUGUUGGUUUUUUACAGGUUUCUGGUGACGACCCAAAUUUUGUUGAUACUGCUGGCAAUAUCCUUGACCGUACAAGAAUUCAUCCAGAGUCAUAUAGUCUUGCUGAGGAGUUAGCUAAAGCUGUUGUUACUAUACAUUAUGCUGAUGCCAAUGAUACCCAAGUGAAUGCAAUCGAAUGUAUUCAAAAUGAACCAAAACUGCUAGAGAGUUUUGAUCUAAAUGAAUAUGCUGAUAGAAUGGAAACUGAAAAAGGAGAAUACAAAAGAGUUACUCUUUUUGAUAUAAAGAUGGAACUAGUCCAUGGAUUUAAAGAUCCAAGAAGCCCUUAUCAGGAACCCACUCAAGAGGAUGAGUUCUACAUGGUAACUGGAGAAACAGGGGUUGCACUGAUUGAAGGAGAAAGAGUUCAGGCAACAGUUCGCCGUGUACUGGCUCGUCAGGCAUUCUGUGUGCUUGAAUCUGGAAUAUCUGGAGUAUUGUUUAAGGAGGACUUUUCAGAUGAUAUUGGGGAUAUACCGUUGACGGAAAAAUUGCGUGAAGGCGUUGUGCUGAAAUGCAAGAUCAAACUAAUUGAUAAGAGUAGAUGCCAGGUUAAUCUGACAUGUAAAGUGAGUGAAUUGAAGAGUGUUGGUGAUCAAAGUUUCCGUGACAUGGAUCCCUAUUAUUGUCAAGGAAACAUCGACAUGCUAAGUCAACAAGAGUCAACAGAGAAAAAAGAUGUAAAUAAAAAUUUCUUGUCAAGAAAAAUUUCUCAUCCCCAUUUUCAGAAUAUAACUGCAGAUAAGGCUAAGGAGUUCCUUGCAGAGAAGACCGUCGGGGAAUUUAUCUUCCACCCAAGUUCAAGGGGCCUAUGUUAUUUGACCCUAUCUCUUAAAUUUUUUGAUUCACUUUAUGUGCACAAAGACAUUUUGGAAGGUGAGAAGAGUGAUGAUAUGAAUAGCUUGGUUGAACUUGGAAGGACAUUAAAAGUAGGUGAUGAAGUAUUUGAGAGCAUAGAUAAGGUUAUUGAACUCUAUGUCAACCCAUUGGUAGUUCAUCUGAAAGAGUUGAUUAAUUUCCGAAAAUUUAAGAAGGGCACCAAAGCUGAAGUUGAUGAACUAUUGAAACACGAGAAGGAGGAAUAUCCAAACAGGAUACCAUAUGGCAUUGGCAUUUCAUAUGAGCAUCCUGGGGUUUUUAUACUGUCUUACAUUAGAAGUACAAAUCCACAUCAUGAGUAUAUUGCUAUCCAUCCAAAAGGAUUCAAAUUCAGGAAGCAAAUAUUCAACAAUGUUGAGCAGCUGAUGGCAUAUUUUCAAAAUCAUAUCAAUGAUAAUGUUACACGAGCAAAUGACCAAUCAAAAGAUUACAAUGACAGUGGGGGUGGCCGCGGCCGCGGUCGUGGUCGUGGUGGGGGUGGUGGUUCAUGCUACAAAUGCGGUGAGUCGGGUCACAUGGCUAGGGAGUGCACCCAGGAGGGUGGUGGAGGUGGAGGGAGGGGCGGUGGUGGUGGAACAUGCUACAAAUGUGGUGAGUCGGGUCACAUGGCUAGGGAGUGCACGCAGGAGGGUGGUGGAGGGAGGGGCGGUGGCGGUGGAACAUGCUACAAAUGUGGUGAGUCAGGUCACAUGGCUAGGGAAUGCACUCAAGAGGGUGGCGGAGGUGGAGGAAGAGGUGGUGGUGGAACAUGCUACAAAUGUGGUGAGUCGGGUCAUAUGGCUAGGGAAUGCACUCAGGAGGGUGGCGGAGGUGGAGGGAGAGGCGGUGGUGGUGGCGGAGCAUGUUACAAAUGUGGUGAGUCAGGUCACAUGGCUAGGGAGUGCACUCAAGAGGGCGGUGGGGGUGGAGGGAGGGGAGGUGGUUCAUGCUACAAAUGUGGUGAGUCCGGUCACAUGGCUAGGGAAUGCACUCAAGAGGGUGGUGGAGGUGGAGGUUGGAGCAGCAGUGGUGGACGGAGAGGUGGAAGAGGCCAUGGCCGGGGACGUGGUUCUAGCUAUAGCUCUUUCUCUCACGAUGAUAGCGCUGAUGUCAAUGAUGGUGGUGGGUUUGGUACUUCAAAUGGUGGGAGUGGGUGGGGAGGGACUGGUGGCAAAAGUUGGGGUGGGAAUAGUACUAGUGAAGAAAAAGGUGGUUGGGGGGUCACAGCUGCUGAUAACGGUGGGUCUGGAAAUGAUAAUUCUGGAUGGAGUUCCGCACAUGGGAAGAAUGCAACCUCCCCUGGUGGUGAGAGUGGAUGGGGAGCAACUGGUGGUAAAAGUUGGGGUGGAAAUAGUUCUAACAAAGAAAGCAAUACAACAGAAGGUGGUUGGGGAGUCACAACUGGAUCGGGAAAUGAAACAGGUGGUACUAGUUGGGGUGCAAAUAGUACUAACAAAGAGAGCAAUGCAACAAAAGGUGGUUGGGGAAGCACAACUGGUUCUGGAAAUGAAAUUGGUGGUAAAAGUUGGGGUGGGAAUAGUACUAACAAUGAAAGCAAUACAACAGGUGGUUGGGGAGUCGCAGCUGGAUCUGGAAAUGAAACUGGUGGUAAAAGUUGGGGUGGAAAUAGUACUAACAAAGAAAGCAAUACAGAAGGUGGUUGGGGAGUAGUCACAACUGGAUCGGGAAAUGAAACUGGUGGUAAAAGUUGGGGUGGGAAUAGUACCAACAAAGAAAGCAAUACAACAGAAGGUGGUUGGGGAGUCACAACUGGAUCUGGAAAUGAAACUGGUGGUAAAAGUUGGGGUGGGAAUAGUACUAACAAAGAAAGCAAUACAACAGGUGGUUGGGGUGUCACAACUGGAUCUGGAAAUGAAACUGGUGGUAAAAGUUGGGGUGGGAAUAGUACCAACAAAGAAAGCAAUACAACAGAAGGUGGCUGGGGAGUCGCCACUGGAUCUGGAAAUCAAAAUUCUGGAUGGAGUUCUGGUCAUGGUAAGAAUGCAGCUCCUUCUGGUGGUGAGACUGGAUGGGGAGGGACUAAUGGUGGAAGUGGAUGGGGAGGUACUGGAGGGAGUGGGGGUAAAAGUUGGGGUGGAAGUAGUACAUAUGAAGAAAAUAAUACGGCAGAAGGUGGAGUCAGUGGCUAUGGAGGCGGUGGUGGACGAGGAAGUGGACGAGGUGGUGGGGCGUGCUACAAGUGUGGUGAGUCUGGUCACAUGGCUAGGGACUGCACCCAAGAGGGUGGUGGAGGUGGAGGGAGGGGUGGCAGUGGACGGGGGGGUGGUAGAGGUGGUGGGGCGUGCUACAAGUGUGGUGAAUCAGGUCACAUGGCUAGGGACUGCACUCAAGAGGGUGGUGGAGGUGGAGGAUGGGGAGGUGGUGGACGAGGAGGUGGAAGAGGUGGUGGGGUGUGCUACAAGUGUGGUGAGUCGGGUCACAUGGCUAGGGAAUGCACCCAGGAGGGUGGUGGAGGUGGAGGUGGAGGAUGGGGAGGCGGUGGACGAGGAGGCGGAAGAGGUGGUGGGGUGUGCUACAAGUGUGGUGAGUCGGGGCACAUGGCUAGGGAAUGCACCCAGGAGGGUGGAGGAGGUGGAGGGAGGGGUAGUGGCGGUGGUGGAACAUGCUUCAAAUGUGGUGAGUCCGGUCACAUGGCUAGGGAAUGCACCCAAGAGGGUGGCAGUGGCGGAGGUGGUGGAGGGAGGUAUGGGGGAGGUGGCGGCGGAAACUGUUACAAAUGUGGGGAGUCUGGGCAUUUUGCGAGAGAAUGCCCAUCGAGUACUAGUUGA